AUGGCGUGGCGUCGCCAGUGGUGCCACCUGUGCGAGCUGCCCAAGCCGCCCUGGGCCGUGGUGGGCGACUUCAGCCAGGCCGUGUGCCGCGGCUGCGUCAACUUCGAGGGCGCCGGCCGAGUGGAGCUGCUGCUGGCCGCUGCACGCCACCUGCGGGGCCACCACGAGGCCACCAACCUGUCACUGUCACCGAGUGUCCCCAAGGAGCUGAGAGAGGCUCUGUGCACCGAGCAUCGCCUGCGGGGCCACCACGAGGCCACCAACCUGUCACUGUCACCGAGUGUCCCCAAGGAGCUGAGGGAGGCUCUGUGUGGUCACAUCACGUCAGAGAGCACCUGGGGCCACCACGAGGCCACCAACCUGUCCCCGAGUGUCCCCAAGGAGCUGAGCCAGGCCUUGUGUGGCCGCGUCACCUCCGAGCGCCGCCUGCGCCGCCGCCACCACCGCGAUGUCACCGCGGCGCUGCCACCGGCACGGGACGUGUCCCCGAGUGUCCCCGCGGAGCUGAGCCGCCACCGUGACACCCUGGCGUUGUCCCCGAGUGUCCCCGCGGAGCUCAGUGACGCCCUCCAUGGCCGCGUCACCUCGGAUGUCACCGAGCGCCACCCGCGCCGCCACCACCGCGAUGUCACCGUGCCACUGGACGUGUCCCCAAGCGUCCCCGCGGGGCUGAGCGAGGCCUUGGGCAGCCGUGUCACCUUUGGGGGCGCCGAGCGCCGCCGCCACCACCACGCCAGCGCCACCCGGGCGUUGUCCCCGAGUGUCCCCGCGGAGCUGAGCCGCCACCGUGACACCCUGGCGUUGUCCCCGAGUGUCCCCACGGAGCUGAGCGAGGCCUCGUGCGGCCGGCUCACCUCGGAGGGGACUGACGGUGGCCACCAGGCCACCCCUCCGGCGGUGUCCCCGGCUGUCCCCGCGGCGCUGAGCGCGGCGCUGGCCGAGGCGUGGCCGGGCAAGCCGCGGGCGGUUCGGGAGCGCCUCUCGGUGCUGGCGGGCUGCGCCCCGUUCGCCGUUCGCUUCCGCAAGGACCACGCGCUCGUGGGGAGGGUCCUGGCCUUCGACGCCGCCCCCCGAGGCGGCCCCGGCGCCGGUGGCGACUUCGAGCUGCGUUUGUUCGCCGAGUACCCGUGCGGCUCCGGCAGCGUGUACGGAGCGCUGGGCUUGGCCCGCAGGAUGUUCCAGGACUGCCUGAGAGCUCCGGGCAAAUCCAUCUCCUCGGGCUACAAAUACCUGGAGUACGAGAAGCGCCAGGGCAGCGGCGAGUGGAGGCUGCUGGCCGAACUUUUCACCGAGUCCGUGCGUUUUUUCCGCCACCCGCCGUCCCCCGAGGCGCUGCCGCAGCAGCAGCGCUGUCACCUCUCCCUGUCGCCGCUGUCGCCGCUGUCGCCGCCGCCGAGGCGACGUCGCAAAGCGUCCCCCGAGGCGCGGGUGGUGGCGGGCGAGGCGCUGAGCUGCGGGCGCUGCCGGAGGCUGCUGGAGGACACGCACUUCGUGCAGUGCCCGGCCGUGCCCCGGCACCGCUUCUGCUUCCCCUGCGCCCGCAGAGCCAUCCGGGCCCGCGGGCCCGGCAGCGCCGUGCACUGCCCCAGCGGAGGCCGCUGCCCCCUGGCCGGCUCCGGACUGCCCUGGGCCUUCAUGCAGGGGGAGAUCGCCGCCAUCCUGGCCGGAGACGUCAGGGUCAAGAGGGAGAGGGACCCCUGA